CUGUCUGUAUGUAACAUGACAUUUAAACAAAUUUAUCAUUUUUAUACCAAUACAUAUUAUAUUCAUUUAAAAAUAUUGAUUUUUGUACUUAUUUGUUAUAUCCCAUCAACAUUUGCACAGUCACCAUUUUUACACGUAGAUGAAUAUCCUUCUGUAAAUGAAGAUUUUUUUAGAAGGUGUAUCCCAGUAAUAGUAUGUAAUUCAAGUUCAAAAUAUAGAACUUUCAAUGGAACAUGUAAUAACUUAAAAACUCCUUCAUGGGGUGCUUCUGAAACUCCACACUUAAGACUCCUUAAUGCUGAUUAUAGUGACGGCAUUUAUCAAUUUCGACAACAGUCGAAUGGAACUCCAUUACCAAAAGCUAGAAAAAUUAAUACAGAAUUAUUUUUACAUAACCAAUGGCAUGACUAUGACGAGUUCAAUUUACUUUUAAUGCAAUGGGGACAAUUUAUAGCUCACGACAUUGCUUUAUUAAGACCAGAUAACUCUGUUGAAAAUUGUUGUGCAGCUCAAAAAUUACUUGCUAUACCACCUCAAUGUCAAGAAGUUAUUAAUGUACCCAUAGACGAUCCUCUAUAUACAAAAUAUAAAAAAUCAUGUAUAUCAUUCAAUCGCGCUGUGACAUCAGCUAAUUUUAGUUGUCCAUUAAUACCUGCAACAUUUAUGGUCGAAGUUUCUCAAUAUAUUGAUGGAUCUCAAGUUUAUGGGUCUAGUGAUGUCAUGGCUGCUGGAUUAAGAUCCUUCAUAAAUGGAAAACUCCGAUCUGAUACUUUUUUAAGUAACCAGAAAACUUACAUAGAAGAAUUUUGUCCACAAGUGAAUCGAAAGACAUUACAAUGUGAGACAUCGACAAAUUCAAGAGUUUGCUUUCAAGCCGGAGAUGUUCGUGUAAAUCAAAAUUUGGGAAAUGCUCUUCUUCAAACUUUGUUCUUGAGAUUUCAUAAUUAUAUAGCGACCAAUUUAUUAUAUAUAAACCAAUUUUGGACGGACGAAAUUCUAUAUCAAGAAACUCGAAGGAUUGUUGGAGCUGUUAUUCAACAUAUUACCUAUGAUCAUUAUUUACCUAUUAUAUUAGGGGAAACAUAUACACAAUAUUAUGGGCUAUUUACUCAACAAACAAUUUACAAUGAUAAAAUUAAUCCGUCUACUUCAUUGGAAUUUGCAGUUAGUUCGUUUCGAAUACUUCACAACUUAAUUCCAGCACAAUUGAAUUUUAUAGAUAAAAUGUAUAAAAUUCCAUUUCAAGUUAAUUUAACUGACUGGAUGAAUAGACCUGAUUUGUUAUACAUGGGACAAAAUGUUGAUUGGUUAGUAAGAGGAUUGUUAGAAACUCCAAGUCGUGAAUACCAGGCGUCUUAUAAUCCAUUGAUUUCAAAUUAUUUGUUUCGCUUUAAUUUACCCGAUAUAACUGGACAAGAUUUACUCUCUAUUGAUAUACAGCGAGGCCGUGAUGUUGGUUUACCAAUAUAUAAUCAAGUUAGAUCUAUUUGCGGUAUCCCACAGGCUAAAUCGUUUGAUGAUUUACUGGAUUUAAUACCUACAAAAGCGGUGCAAAUAUUAAAAAAACUUUAUGCGACCGUAAAUGACGUAGAUUUACAUGUCGGAACAUUACUUGAAGUACCAGAAGAAGGAUCCAUGGUUGGACCAACUACUAGAUGCAUAUUGUCUGAUAGCUUUUUUCGAUACAGAUAUGGUGAUCGGUUUUUUUACGAUGUACAAGGACAACCUGGUAGUUAUACAUCAGAACAACUGAAAAUCAUAAAACAGAUUAACUUGGGUCAUAUUAUAUGCGCGACAACUCAAUUACAUUUUCUUCCGUUAGACGUUUUUAAAAGUUUUCACGAAUUUUCUUCAAUUAAAUGGAAUUGUGACGAACACUUCAAAAUAGAUUUAAAAGCUUGGAGAAUAUUCAAGAAACCGGGAAAAUCAUAAUUAAAUUAUAAUAAAUAAUACAAAAUAUUA